UCAUGAUGUUUAUAUCCUAGUGCAUUUCCCAGUCAACAUCAAACUUACUAGAAGCGACUUAAGAAAACACACCAGAUUACGAAGUCAUGGACGGAUAUAUAUAUUGGUUAUCUAUAAUACUUGCUUUAUAUACACAAGCAGUGGCAUCACAAGAUCGAAAUAAACUCAAAAAUUUUGUGACAGUGCGCAACGCUUACACCCAAACAAACCUACUCUUGAAAGAGCUACAUGACAAAACCCCUGAAGAAUGUGCCACUGUUUGUUUAUCCUUGGAGAGCUGUAAAUCAUUUGAGUUCUCGAAAGAUGACAGAAGUUGUUCUUUGAAAGAUGAUAUCGCUGGUUUGAAACUGAAAGCUGAUAAGACUAAAAAUUAUUACCAACGUAUUUUCCCCGGAAUUUUGGUAAACGUCCUCGGUGCCAGCAUGCCUAAAUAUGACAAUCUGGGAAGAGUGAAUAACGUAAAUUUGACAGGGUGUAUAGAAUCCUGCUACAAAAAUCCCAAGUGUCAGUCAAUGGAGUUCAAAGAAGGAAGCCGCAAAUGUGACCUGUCGAGUGCCUCCCAUUUAAACUCGACUUUGGAGCAGAGUAAACAUGGCUGGAAUUAUUACCAGAUCGAUAGAGCUAUGGUUACAACAACAACACUUUCUACUACAGAAAAAACUACUGCAAAAAUAACAUCGACAAUUGCUAAAGUUCUAAACACAACUAAAGCCACAACUAUAACAAAGCAUCCGAUUACAAAUUCAACGACAGCAACAACUACCAGUAUGUCAUCCUUUGAUGGUGCAAUUGGCUGUUUCAAAGAUUCUGAAGAUAGGGCGAUGCCAAGUAAAGUCUGGGAAAAUCAAGCAAUGACAGCCAAAAUCUGUCGAGUAGUAUGCGGAAAAUGGGGAUACAAAUAUGCUGGUUUGGAAGAUUCAAUUUAUUGCUAUUGUGCUAAUAACUAUAGCAAACACGGCGCCUUGGAUAAGUCCAAAUGUUACUCCAAAUGUCCGGGUAAGCCAUCCGAUAUAUGUGGAGGCCGUUACGCACUAUCCGUGUAUUCUUCAGUUCCUUUUGUAAAGAAGCAAGACUACAUCGGCUGUUUUCAUGAUAAAGCCAUAUCGAGAGUAAUGACAAGCAGAAUCUGGAUGAGUGAAAAUCUUACUAUACAGAAUUGUCAAAAUAAAUGUGGCAGAUGGAAUUACAAAUAUGCUGUGUAUCACUUAUUGACAAUAAUGUGUUUUAUAGUAUAUCUCUUCAUCUCCGUCUACGAGCCAUUAUAUGUGUUUUUUUUAUCGCGUGUCAGUGUAGGGCAGACAAAUUUUGAUUAG